UGGAAAUGUUUUGCACGACUUCACACGUAUAAUUUGGUAUCAUAUUGCUUGCCUUCUCAAUGGAGAGGGGAGUGGCCGAAAGGAGUGAGAAUUUGGGGCUCAGUCUUUCAAUAAGGUUAAAAUAGUUAAUUUUUUAAAAAAAGUAAAAAAAAAAGAUCAUGCUGCUUGCACUUAGCGAGCACUGAUUCACUUUCUUCCUUGGCCAAAAGUGACUUGUGGAAACAGGCGGAAGGUGGGAAUAUAGGACAUUUUCAAGCCCCCAGGCGGUGCCACUAUCCAAGCCUCGCAGCAUCUGCCAGCCUCUGCAACAGCAGAGACCCAGAACCCGGGAUGCUCCCAGUCACGUGAGGAAAGCUCUACGCGGCAGGGCGAGCUAAGGCGAGGCUCAGGGCUGGGUGGGGCGGGGAAGUGGGAAGGGCUCAGAGACACGCCCCCGAAGGGGCGGGGCUCAAAGUUGCAUUCUCCUGCUCUUCCCACGAGUCAGACUUCACGUCCCAAGGGGAAGGAAGACACUCCUAGAAGGGAACCAAUUGAUGGGGAAUGGAAAGCGUAGUUCUGCCCUCGGCUAAGUCAGGCCCCGGAAAUGAUGUCACCGGCGCUCCCUCUCGCUCCUUUUCCGUCUUCCCCGAGGUUGGCCGAUGACAUCAGUGCGUCGGGUCUCUUCCCUUCCCCCUUCCCCUAGUUCCGCUGGGGAGAACCGAAGAGGUUCCCGAGGUGCGACGACGCGAGGAAUGCGGCUGUGGUGGAAUGCCCAGGUCCGCCCCCUCUAGGUCCCGGCCCCUCUCGGCGGACGCAGCCUAUGAGCGGUCUCGGCUUCGGGAAGUGUCCUUCUGCGUGGCAGGAGACCUUACCCUGCGAAGUGCGCCGCUGUGCCAGCCCAGCUGGGGCUGUCGCGCGCCGGCCCCGCCCCUCCCUGUGGCCCCGCCCCGAAUCCCCACCUCCUCUCUCCCUCCGCCUCUGCUGCUCCCCCACCCUCCUGCCGAGCUGCUGCUGCGGGCUGACACUCGGGGUUUCGGGCCGCCGGCCGGCCGGCGGCUGUGGGAACAGUUGGGAGUACGCCUCGGAGACUGGGGGGCGGCGCAGGCCCCUCGGACCCCAAUAUUUAUUCAGUGGUGGGAGUGACAUUGAUGAAGAGAUGUUGGAGUAGGUGUGAAUAUCGAACUUCUUGAUUUACCAGAAGACACUUCCCGUUUGUUUGGGUUUUUCCCCCCCUACUGUUCUGAUUGUUCUCAGUAUUAAAGCUGGAAAAACUUAGAAAAUAAAAGGAACAUGUUAUGAUCUUGAAUAUAUCUUUUGAGGAAAAAAGUAAAGUGGCCAAGAUAAAGCAGGAAUGGCAUCCAGAGAGAGGCUCUUUGAACUUUGGAUGCUUUAUUGUAACAAGAAAGACCCAGACUACCUAAAGCUUUGGUUGGAAAGUUUUGUUUCUAGCUAUGAGCAAUUCUUAGAUGUGGACUUUGAGAAGCUGCCUACUCGAGUGGAUGACGUGCCUCCUGGAAUAUCUCUUCUUCCUGAUAAUAUUCUUCAGGUUCUAAGAAGCCAGCUACUACAAUGUGUGCAAAAAAUGGCAGAUGGAUUAGAGGAGCAACAGCAGGCUUUGUCAGUUCUCCUUGUCAAGUUCUUCAUAAUCCUUUGCAGAAACCUGUCUAAUGUGGAAGAAAUUGGGACUUGUUCCUACAUUAAUCAUGUUAUCACCAUGACAACACUCUAUAUUCAGCAACUAAAAAGCAAAACAAAAGAGAAAGACGUGGCGGAUCAGAGUUCUAUUGAAGAAUUUGUAAGACAUGCACUGGCUUUUUGUGAGAGUUUGUAUGACCCAUAUCGAAACUGGAGGCAUAGAAUUGCAGGAAAGAGCCUUAGUUCUGUGGAAAAGAGCAGACAGAAAUACAGACCAGCCUCUCUCACAGUGGAGUUCAUUCCUUUCUUUUAUCAGUGUUUCCAGGAAAGUGAACAUCUCAAGGAAAGCCUUAAAUGUUGCCUGUUACAUCUCUUUGGAGCCAUUGUAACUGGUGGACAGAGGAAUGCUCUACAAGCAGUUUCACCAGCUACUAUGGAAGUUCUUCUUCGAGUUUUGGCUGAUUGUGAUUCCUGGGAUGAUAGGGAUCCUCAGGAAGUGAGUAGGAAGGCAGAAUUAACUCUUAAGUGCCUGACAGAAGUGGUACACAUCCUACUGGUUAGCAGCUCAGACCAGCGGCAGGUGGACACUAGCACCAUUUUGGAGAACUACUUCAAGUUGCUGAACUCAGACCACUCUGCAUUACCUCCUCAUAGAAGGUCCAGACAAUGGGAGAGCCGGUUCAUCGAGCUACAGAUCCAGAUGUUAAAUACCAUCACAGCCAUGCUAGAUUGUGCAGACAGGCCUGUUCUACAGGCUAUUUUCCUUAACAGUAAUUGCUUUGAGCAUCUUAUUCGACUGCUACAGAAUUGCAAGGUAUUUCAAGAACAGUUGGAUUGUUUGGCUAUAUCUACCAUUCAGGCCCUAACGGCAGUGAUGAACAAAUCUCCAGCUGCUAAGGAAGUGUUUAAAGAACGAAUUGGUUAUGCACAUAUGUAUGAGGUAUUAAAAUCCCUUGGUCAACCUUCAUUGGAAUUGCUAAAAGAACUUAUGAAUAUGGCUGUAGAAGGGGACCACACAUCUGUUGGGAUUUUGGGCAUUAGCAAUGUCCAACCCUUAUUGCUGCUUAUCCAGUGGCUUGCAGAACUAGAAUCACAUGACCUACAGAUAUUCAUCUCUGACUGGUUGAAGCGAAUUUGUUCUCUUAAUAGACAGAGUCGAACUACUUGUGUCAAUAACAACAUGGGUCUCAGGAUCAUUGAUACCCUCUCUUCCCAUUCUUCACUUCAUUGUACUUGUGCUGAGAACCUGAUUGCUCUCCUUGGUUCUUUGGGGAGUCAGUCAAUGAGCUCUGAAGAGCUUCUCAGAUUAAUAAGACUUCUGAGAACAGAUGAAUCCAAGAAGAUCCAUUCUUAUACCAUUCCUGUAUUGCGCGCAAUCCUGGCAAUGGCUCGAAAGCAAACUUUAGAGAGUGCACUGCAGUAUUUUAAUUUAUCUCACAGUAUGGCAGGUAUUUCUGUACCAUCCAUUCAGAAAUGGCCAGGGUCUGCCUUUUCCUUCAGUGCUUGGCUUUGCCUAGACCAGGAUCAGUUGAAUACUGGCAUCUCUAACAAGGGAGGGAAGAGAAAACAACUAUACAGCUUUUUUACAGCAGGUGGCAUGGGCUUUGAAGCCUUUCUUACUUCUUCUGGAGUAUUGGUGGUGGCUGUGUGCACCAAGAGAGAGUACGCAACUGUUGUGCUUCCUGACCACAGUUUCUGUGACUCCCUCUGGCACAACAUAACCAUUGUUCACAUGCCUGGAAAAAGACCCUUUGGUCAGAGUCUUGUCUAUAUCUAUGUCAAUGGACAGCAGAAGGUUUCUGCCCCUCUCAGGUUUCCUGCAAUGAAUGAACCUUUUACUUCAUGUUGUAUUGGCUCAGCUGGACAAAGGACAACCACACCCCCUCCAUCCCAAAUCCCAGACCCACCUUUUUCCUCUCCAAUUACUCCUCACCGAACAUCAUUUGGUGGAAUUCUGGCUUCAGCCUCCUGGGGAGCAACUCCUGAAAAAUCAGAGUUGCUAACCAAGUUAAUUUCAGCUGGGACUCAGGAUAGUGAAUGGGGAUGUCCAACAUCUCUAGAGGGUCAACUUGGGUCAGUAAUCAUCUUCCAUGAAGCACUGCAUCCUCCUCAGGUGAAAUUGUUAUAUUUGGCAGGUCCAAACUGCUUAAGUCCUUGGAAAUCCCCAGAAUUUGAAAUGCCAGAUCUACCAAGUAAAAUUCUUCUUUACUAUACACCAAAGGCCUGCAGAAAUUCUAUCUGCCUUGAUUUAUCAGUCAAUUGUUUUCAUGGAAGAUUAACAGGAAACAAAGUAGUGAACUGGGACAUCAAGGAUGUUAUAAAUUGCAUAGGUGGUUUGAAUGUCCUCUUUCCACUGUUGGAACAAAUCAGCUUUUUUGAUGGACAGAUAACUGAAAAAAAUAAGGAAAGUAUAUUUCCUGAUAUGAUGACACCUGUAGAAGGAGACUGGGUAAUAUUAUCUUCCACAAAAGCUUCAGAAUCUAGACUAGAGAAGAAUUUAAUUGCAAUGUUUAUCUUGGUGGUAAAGCAUUUUAUUCAGAGACACCCUAUCAAUCAAGAAAAUUUCAUCCACUCCCAUGGAGUUGCGAUCCUCGGAGCUUUACUACAGAAGGUUCCAAGUAACUUAAUGGAUGUGAAUGUAUUAGUUGCAGUACAGCUACUAAUUGAGCAAGUGUCAGUGGAGAAAAAUGUUCAACUUCUGCAGCAAAUGUAUAAAUUUUUACUUUUUGAUUUUCGUAUCUGGAAUCGUGGAGAUUUUCCCUUUCGGAUUGGUCAUAUACAAUAUCUUUCUACAAUUAUCAAAGAUAGCAGAAGGGUCUUCCGAAAGAAGUAUGGUGUGCAAUUUCUACUGGAUACACUUCGGAUUCAUUAUGGGACUGGUUGUAAAGAGAGCAGUGAAUUAUCUCCAGAGGAUGUCCAAACAAUACGGACAUCCUUGUAUGGGUUGAUCAAAUAUUUUUUGAGCAAAGGUGCUACCCUGGAAGAAAUACAAAGCAUCAUGGGAUACAUAGCCGUUAUCAAUGAAGAAGAGCAGCUCUUUGGAAUUUUGGAUGUACUCUUCAGUCUGCUUCAUACCAGUCCAGCACGGGAUCAACUUUUCUUACUACUCUUUGAGCCAGGAAAUGCUGAUAUACUCUACGUCUUGCUGUUAAAUCAGAGAUACUCCGACAGAUUAAGAGAACUGAUAUUUAAGAUUAUAGAACAGAUGCUGAAAUGCACUAAAGUCUACGAACGAAGUAAACAGCGUAUUCGACUUAGAGACGUUGGUUACUCAGGGCUGGGGCUCCUUCUGAGUGAAGUACCAGUUAAUGUUUCUCUUAUUAAAAGCCUUUUUAACCAAGUCCUAAAUAUAGAUACUGUUGUAAAUUUCAAAGAUCUGUUGUCUGUAAUGUACAUGUCUCAUAAAGCAGACACACAUGUUAGAGUGCCUAUGUGCAGAAAGGUUUUACAAAUACUGCAGGCCCAACCAGAUGCAGCUCAACAGAUUUCUCAGCAAGUAGGAUGGCAAGAGACCUUGGUUAGACUUUUUCUAAAAUUAAAUUUUGUAGAUGGAAAUGGACUCAAGAACAGCAAGACUGAUUUUGUGAAGGAAGAAGACAAAAAAAAUGCCCCUGAAGAUCCAAAGAAGUACUGUGAUGAAAAGGGAGAAGGGGAGAAAGUGAACUCCUUUGUUGUAGCUACUGAAGCUUUUGAUCACUGGUGCUUGGAGGAAAGACAGUCUCUAGACUCUAACACCCACCUACCACUAGAUGACAGCUCAGUGGCAGAAAACCAAGAACUGUGGCUCAGUAAUUCUUCCCAUCUAAGUUUGGAUCUCACCGGGAUUGACUCACUGGAAUUAAGUGAUGGUGGGAGUCAAACACUAGACAGUUUGCCCAGCACACCAUCUCCCAUAGAAUGUCCUUCUAAAGCAUUUUCUGUGCAGCUUGACAAGGAGUGCAGUCUUACAAAUGACAUGGGAUUCACUGAUGACCUUUCACUAUUUGAAAGUCAAGAGAGAUGUGAGGAAGAACUCCUGGGAUUAAUGACAAGCAUUCUGAGUUGUGUAAUGUGCAGGGGACUAGAAAGGUCAGACGAUGCUGCUUGGAUUGAAAGGGGCCAAGUACUUUCUGCUCUUACUAAACCAGGAAUCUCCAGUGAGUUGCUUAGGCCUCCAGAGGAAAUAAAACUAUGUUUGCUGCAGAAGAUGUUAGAGUGGGCAGUUGUGGAAAACAGAGAGGCAAAAAUUAAUCCAGCAACUGCAGAAAAUGCCUUCCGACUUCUGCUCAUCAUACAGGAUUUUCUGCAGACAGAGGGACUACUUAACUCAAAUCUGUGGACUGAAAAGCUUUUAGAAGACAUGAUGCCUGUCUUCGAUAGCUUAUCCAUUUGGUACUCUGAUAGCCCAGAGUGGGUGAAACUUUCUCAAAUUCAAAUCCACUUGCUUCUGGGAUUCAUUGGGACAGAUAAUUUGCAGGUUUGUGCCAUGGCAUCAGCCAAGCUGAAUACGCUUCUUCAGACCAAAGUGAUUGAAAACCAAGCUGAAGCAUGUUACCUGUUAGGGAAGUUGGAACCAAUCCUAAGCCAGUCUAUCAAGGAACAGACAGAAACCUACUCAUUUCUGAUUCCCCUUUUUCGUACUUUGGUGUCUAAAAUUUAUGAGCUGCUCUUUAUGAAUUUGCACCUUCCCUCGUUACCUACCACCAAUGGCAGCCCCUCAUUUUUUGAGGAUUUUCAAGAGUACUGCAAUUCAAAUGAGUGGAAAAUUUACAUUGAGAAAUAUAUCAUGCCAUAUAUGAAGCAGUAUGAAGUUCAGACAUUUGGUGAUGGCUGUGAGUCUAUGGCACUUUAUUGGAAGGACUGUUAUGAAGCCUUAAUGGUCAACAUGCAUAAACGAGACAGAGAAGGAGGAGAAAGCAAACUUAAAUUUCAGGAUUUUUUUGUGGAACCGUUUAAGAGAAAGGCACGUCAAGAGAACUUACGAUAUAACAGUAUGCUUAAACAACUUAACCAUCAACACUUAGCCACUUUGAGGCAGUGGAAGGCAAUCCAGCUUUAUCUGACAUGUGAAAGAGGUCCUUGGGCUGAAAGGAAACAGAAUAUUAUUCACUGGAAACUUGCUAAUGUGGAAAACUAUUCUCGAAUGAAGCUUAAAUUGGUACAGAAUUAUAAUUUCAACUCUCAUUUGGAAGCCAGUGCUUUGAGGGACAAUUUAGGUGUCCAACACUCCCAGCUCUCUAGUGAAUCGCUGCUACUAGAGGUGGUGAAACAAGUGAAGGUCAAUGAUAGAGAAGAGGAUAAAUUGGACCUUCCUGAAGAAGACUCAACAGCCAGAGCAGACGUGCAUGUAGAUGAGAAAGGAGAACAGAGUCAAAAGGAAAAACUGGUGUUAUCUGAAGACUGUGAACUUAUUACAGUAAUUGAUGUGAUUCCUGGCAGAUUUGAAGUCACUACUCAACACAUUUACUUCCAUGAUGGCAGCAUUGAAAAAGAAGAUGGAAUAGGUUAUGAUUUCAAGUGGCCUCACCCUCAAAUUCGAGAGAUCCACCUACGACGGUACAACUUGAGAAGGUCGGCCUUAGAGAUUUUUCUCAUUGAUCAAUCCAACUACUUUCUCAAUUUCAAAAAGGAGGUCAGAAAUAAAGUAUACAGUCGACUCAUAUCAUUUCAUUCUCCAAAUAUUCAUGGAACCAGAUCACCACAGGAGUUAUUUAAAGCAUCAGGAUUGACACAGAAAUGGGUGAACAGAGAGAUUUCAAAUUUUGACUACCUCAUUCAAUUAAACACAAUGGCAGGAAGAACCUAUAAUGACCUUGCCCAGUAUCCUGUGUUUCCUUGGAUUCUGCGGGAUUAUACAUCAGAAGAUUUAGAUCUCAAUAACCCAGCUGUAUUCCGAGACCUCUCUAAGCCCAUCGGUGCAGUAAAUGAUAAGAACGCCAAAGCUGUGCAAGGAAAAUAUGAAAAUUUUGAGGAUCCACUGGGGAUUGUUGACAAGUUUCACUAUGGUACUCACUAUUCAAAUCCUGCUGGUGUUAUGCAUUAUCUCAUUCGUGUAGAACCCUUCACCACCCUCCAUAUUCAGCUUCAGAGUGGCAGGUUUGAUUGUGCGGAUCGACAGUUUCAUUCUAUCCCUGCUACCUGGCAGGCUCUCAUGGAUAAUCCAUAUGAUGUGAAAGAGCUUAUUCCUGAGUUCUUCUACUUUCCAGAGUUCUUGGAAAAUCAAAAUCAUUUUAAUUUGGGGCGCCUUCAAAUCUCCAAAGAACUAGUAGGUGAUGUGGUUCUCCCCAGAUGGGCUAAAUCUGCUGAAGAUUUCAUCUAUAAACAUAGAAAAGCUCUGGAGUCCGAGUAUGUUUCUGCUCAUCUUCAUGAAUGGAUAGACCUGAUUUUUGGCUAUAAACAAAGGGGCCAAGCAGUGGAAGCACUCAAUGUUUUCUACUAUUGUAGUUAUGAAGGAGCAGUGGAUCUUGAUGCCUUAACAGAUGAAAAAGAAAGAAAAGCUUUGGAAGGAAUGAUUAACAAUUUUGGGCAAACACCCUGUCAGCUAUUAAAGGAACCUCACCCUCCAAGAUUAUCAGCAGAAGAAGUAGUACAGAGACAGACUAAAACAGACACUGCAUCCUUGAACCUCUUCCAGCAUCUCCCGGAACUCAACUCAUUCUUUAUAGAGGGUAUCAGUGAUGGUGUUCCACUAGUAAAAGCUAUUGUUCCCAGAAAUCAGCCUCGUUCUUUUAUGACUCAGGGUAGCCCAGAGAUACUGUUAACAGUAAGCAUGAACUGUGUAAUUGGAACCCAUGGAUGGCUGCCUUAUGACAGAAACAUUUCUAAUUAUUUUACAUUCAUCAAAGAUCAAACUGUGACAAAUCCUAAAACUCAGCGUGCCAUAAAUGGUCCUUUUGCUCCAGGACUGGAUAUUACUUCUAAGCUAUUUGUCAUAUCACAUGAUGCGAAGUUAUUAUUCAGUGCAGGACACUGGGACAAUAGCAUUCGAGUAACAUCACUCACCAGAGGCAAAAUGAUUGCGCAGCACAUCAGGCACAUGGAUAUUGUGACCUGCUUAUCUACAGAUUAUUGUGGAAUACAUUUGAUUUCUGGUUCGAGAGAUACUACAUGUAUGAUAUGGCAAGUAGUACAGCAGGGAGGUAUUCCUGUGGGCUUAGUGCCCAAACCCCUUCAGAUUCUUUAUGGACACACUGAUGAAGUAUCUAGUGUUGGCAUCAGCACUGAACUAGACCUGGCAGUGUCAGGCGCAAGGGAUGGCACUGUGAUUAUUCAUACAAUUCAGAAAGGCCAAUACAUGAGGACUUUACGACCACCAUGUGAGAGUUCUCUGCUAUUAACAAUUCCCCACUUGGCCCUAUCAUGGGAAGGACAUAUCAUUGUCCAUUCCAGCAUUGAAGAAAACACCAGCCUCAAGGAUAAAAAUGUAUUGCAUCUCUUUUCUGUAAAUGGAAAGUAUUUAGGGUCUGAGACCCUUACAGAACAAAUAUCAGAUAUGUGUGUAGCUGGAGAGCACAUCAUAGUGGGCAGCUUGCAAGGAUUCCUGUCCAUACGAGAUCUCCACAGCUUAAGUUUGAGUAUCUCCCCAUUAGCCAUGAGGCUGCCCAUCUACUGUGUUUCUGUUACCAAAGAACAUAGCCACAUCCUCGUGGGACUGGAAGAUGGCAAAUUGAUUAUCGUUGGUGUCGGCAAGCCAGCUGAGAUGCGUGCAGGUCAGCUGUCCCGAAAGUUGUGGGGAGCCAGCAAACGGCUCAGUCAGAUUUCAGCUGGAGAGACAGAAUAUAACACGCAACAUUCCAAAUGAGUACUGCUUACCGCUGCUACCACUGAUCACCAAAACUUGAUUCAUUUUUUGUCACUUUAACCAAAUCUCUCAAUUUUAUAAUGACUCAUUUUUAAUUAUGAAAAUUAUUGGUAAAUUAUAAAAUGUAUUGUAUGUGUGCUGUAUUUACAAAGGUACGGAGUCUUGUCUUCAUCAUUUAAAAAAUUCUUUUCCUAGUCCCAAUGAAUUAAAUGGUAUUACUUCUCUUUCUUAUUCUGCACCCAAGUUGAGAAAAAUACAAGGGAUUAGAUUUAAUGCUCAUUCUGUAAUCUGUUGUUUAUAGUCUGUAAACCAUUGUAUAGUCCAGAUUUUACUUCUGAGAAAACUAAGAUAAAAAUCAAAGAAGAUGAGACUUAUUUAUUUUGGUUAUAUUUAUCAUUCUAAACAGCAUAAGAUAAGGUACUUAACUAUAAAAAGCUUAUUUUAGAAUAUUGGAGAAAGGUGGCCUUUUACAUGAACUUUUUAGGCCCUUCUUCUAUUUAAGCACCUGAAUUAAUUUCUUUUCUGGAGCUCCUACUGAAUUUAAGAAUUCUUCAAGUCGGUUUGUUGCACUGCUGCUGGAUGUUCCAAAGUCAUUUGUAAUUAAAGUACAAACCAAAAAAACCCCAAAUUUGGUUUUGAUAAACCAAAAAAAAAAAGUAUAGAAAUUGCUAUAUAACCCUUUUUUAAUAAAACUCAGCACACAGACCUCUGAGAAAUUCCUCAGAUGUAUCUUUAUCUUAAAAUAAUAAAGGCUGGGGGAAAGUAGAGAGACAAGAAGUACAUUUUUGUCCUUUUGAUUUAUUAGUAGUUGAAUAAUUUAAAUAAAAUUUAAUAAACUAAAAUACCGUAUCCAGUUUUGACAGUCAGAUCCUUUGAAAUGCAUUUGGAACAUCACAAUUCUUUAUCUGCAUGAUUUUAUAAUAUGUAAGUUUUACUAUUUCUGAAUUUUUAUUUACUAAGCAAAUUGUUUUCCUAGGAAGUUGCUAGAAGUCAGCAAUAAUAUCCCAAGUUGAAAUUGUGUUCUUUUUUUUACCUUCCUUUGAUGUGUAAGUCAUGUGUUAAUUGGAAAAUGUAUACCAUUUAAAAAGCAGUCAUUGAGAUAUAGUUCUUUUAAAAACACAUAUAUUUCCAACUGAUAGUUACGAAACUAGUUGGUUUAGGCUGAUGGACUUAAUUCCUGUUCUUGUUAAAUGCUGAAAGUCCAAGCAUUUAUUGUUCAAGACUAACAGGAAAGGAUUGGUUUCAUUUUAAAAGUAAAAGAGAUUGUUAAGCACAAUGUUUUUAUAAGACCAUCUUCACACUUUUAAUGUAAUGGAUUGAACUCACAACUCUUUGAAACAAUAAUUUUUCAUUAUAUUCCGCAAGGCAUAGUUUUCCUACUUGAUUUAAUUAAGGUCUAUAUGUGUGCUUGUGUUUAUUUAUUUUUAAAGUUUUAUUGAUGCCUUCUGUUUUUAUGUCACAGUUUAGUUUUCUUUUGAUUAGAUCUUUUCAUUCUCAAAUAAUUUGACUAAUCCAGGUAGCAUUUAAUAUUGACCUCUUUAUAACUUUGUUGAUUGGUGAGAAAUUUUAAAUAAAGGAUUCUAUGUGGAAGUUUUUAAAUAGAUAAGAUGUAAUAGGAAGGAUUUGGUGUUAAGGAAUGUUACAAGAGAAGGAUGUGUUUCUGUGGCUUAUCUCAGUUCAAAAUUCAAAAAUUAAAUACACUAGCAAAAUAAGGUAAAACAUGUUUAAGAAGGGUAUUACAAUAGAAAUAAACUGAUGUCCCAAGGAUGUGUACCAUACGUACAAGGAUGCUGUACAGUAGAACAACUGUGAGAGUAAAAUUAUGUGACAGGCAAAGGAUUUUGUAGAGGUCUCAGAAAUCACUGGAUAAUCACCAUUUUGGUUUUGUUGUUUUUAUUAAUUUCAUUCAAUUUUAAUAGAAUUUUUAUUGUUAGAAUUAAUCAGAUAACAGAGGAAGGUUUGGAGAUAUAUAUAUACAUAUACAUACACACAUGUGUAUUUUAGUUUUUCCAUUUUUGAGAUUUUGUCAAGUGAGAUCAACAUGAGUGUUUCUAAAUGUACUGAAAAAAAUUGAGUUUAUUUAACUCAAGUGAAAUUAGAACUUUUGUUUGAGAUUUUUCUUAAGAUUUGUACAGAUUCAGAUGGGGUCACUUUUUAGUUAUUUAAAAAAUAUGCAAAACUGAGUACCAGAUAUUAUAAUUGGAGAUUAGCACCUACACAAAAUGCCAUUUGAGUAUAUCAUUGGAAUUUACUGGUAUGUUUUGAUUUACUUAAAAAAUUGUCAUAUUGUGCUCAUUUUCUAAAUGGAGAAACAGUGAACUUUCUCAGGAUUUCUAUUGUUUAGAGAGCAUAUUUAUUUUGUGGUACAAAUGCUAUAGAGUUUGAUCUUAAUAGGAACUAAAUAUCUAAGGUCAAUUAUAUCACUAGAUAAUUAUAACCAUAGGAUUCUAGUUUUCUGUAAUCCUAUUUCUACCAGAGUUUUUAAAAAGUAUACAGUGCACUAAGAUACAAAGAAAAGUUAAUACCACCAAAUUUAAGAUAAGACCUCUUUUUACAAACUGUUUUGGAAUUCUAGAAUAAUCCAGAAAAAUACAAUUGUAAAUUUUCUACCUUUGAUGCAUUAGUCAAUAUAGAAACAAAGUAACCAACAUAAAACACAAAGAAAAAUGAUGGAUAAAAUCCAAGAGAAGUAACAUAAACAUUUUGGACUUCAUGUAAAAACUUCUGUAGUCUAUAAAGGGAGAAGCCUAUCUGAUUAGAUGUGUGACUCUGGGUCAGUCAGAUCACCUCUCUGAGCUUUCAUUUCUUCAAGUAAAAUGAGGAAUCUAGAUCUUUUCUGGCUCUAAAAUCCAAGGGCUAUUAACAAUUACUUAAGGAACAGAAUCAGAAGAUUUGCAAUGGAUACUAAUAAAAUCUAAAAUGACUUUUAAAGUACUUAUAAUUCUGAUGGAAGCAGCCUGAAUUGGUGAAUAGAAGAGAGUAAAGAGUAGAUACAAUAGUAUGUAUCUUUAUCUUAAAAAAAAAAUCAAAAAAUCAGGGAAAAAGCUUCCAGCCCAUUAUUGAACAUUUGCUUUGUGAUUUUUAAAGAUAUUUUCAUAUAAAGUCUCCAUUUACGUUCUCAUACAGAAUUCACAAUCAUGUCUUUUUUUAAACAUAUAUUUAACUGGAAGUGGCCGCGAAAAUCGCCUAGAUUUUAGUUUUUAUACUUCAUUAUUCAGCAAGGUGCUUAACACACCACAGGCACUUAACACUUGUUACAUUGAAUGGAAUCUAAUUCAAACCUCUCAUUUCAUGAAUAAAAAAACUAACGUCCAAGGUGAUGUUGUUAGUAAGUAACAGGACCUCCAACAACAUAUUCAGCUUACCACCUCUCUCCUUUUGAAAGUCAUUAGGUUCAAGUAGUGUUUCUUAUUAGAAACUAGAAAAUAUCAUUUUGGUACAUUUGAAAAGAAAAUAAUCUAGUCUGCCUCUUUUAUUCUCAUACACUAUUUUUAUCUUGAGCUUAAAAAAUAGAAUGAAGUUAGGAACUGGACCUGUGAUUUCACUAGUCUGGAGAACUCAGUUGAAGAAACCAAAUACAGGUUGACACCUUCUCUUCAAUGUAUGGUCUUAGAGUCAAGUCAGCAAACAUUUGACCAGCAACUAGUAUGUAGCAAGCACUCUGCUAAGGACCAAGGGUACAAAGAAGGCAAAAAUAGCCCCUGCUAUAAAGGAGCCCAAAAUCUAAUGGGAAAGAAAACAAUUAUG